UUCUAUUUUAGUGGGCCUGUAUUGAUAAUAAUAGGGACAAGAUCAAGGAGAAAAUGCUUAAAAUCCUUUCAUUGCUGUUCUCUCUGUCUCUGUUAGCGAGAGGAGCAGAUCUGGGAGUGUCAAUUACAUUCUGUAUAGAAUCUUCAAUUGGAGAGUGGCGUCAUGACAUAACUAGUGCACUCGAAGGCUCUUCAGUAUAUUCAAUAGGAGAAAACAGCUGCAAUAUUGAGACCAUCACUCCUACAGUCCUGAUAGUUGGUCCUCAAAAAGACAGGCUACUCGUUGAAAUGCAACCACAUGAAAGGAGAGACUCCUUCACUAACAGAAUAAUAAGAAUGGUGGCAUCUUAUCGAGUUCACAUGCCAACUGACUCAAAGCAGUUUGAUAAACUCAUUGAUGCUACUAAAGACACUGUAGUGGCCUAUAGCAUUGGAGAAGACUCACCUGAAUAUAACACAUUCUGUCAUGCUGUGCUAUCAAAUGAGGUCCCAAGUUCCAUUGAGAUUCUAGUUGUGGGACAGUCCCGGCUCUUAUCACCUCAUAUGCAGUCUUCGGUCAGAGACAACUUUCACUUUUGGGUUGUGUCUGAAGGAAAAUGGACUGAGCUUCACUUACUGAGGCAUCACUCGCCAAUGACACUAGAGGCAAAGAAAGAGAUAAUUAGUUUCAUUAGAAGACUCUCCUAUCCUGCAAUACUGCAAUACUCCCCCGGGAGUAUUGAGAGGACGUACAAGGAUUCAGGGUUGUCCUAUGUGUUGGUGUUUCAUCAUGAGACUCAGCUCAAGGAGAUACUAAAUGAGUAUGUCACUGAACUCUCUCAAACUUUCAGGCCGCACUUUGCAUUCAUCACAAUAAAUGGUGACAAGUACGAAGAGAAGAUGUCACAAUAUUAUUUAAAUAUGUUGACUAACCUCCCAUACAUAAUUAUACAGGAACCUGAUCAAAAUGAUGGAGUACACAUUAACAGCCAAUACAUUGACUAUACUUUGGAGAGUCUUACCAAUUUAUUGAAAUCAUUAAUUAAUCCUGACCAUCAUGUUAGAGAGGGUGUAACUAAUAGAGAGGACAUUUCAUUUGCAGUGAUUCACUCAUCUCAACUGUCAGCUCUGAGAGAUGUUGAAUCUCCAGUGAUAGCAAUACUUUGCAAUCAAGGCAGUAAAGAAGUAGAUGAGUACCAGCAGAUAUUGAAGAAGGCAAUUAAUGAAGUUCAUGAUAUCAGAGAGAGAUUAUUAUCAUUCAUAGUAGAGACUGAAGAUAUUCAAGAUGUCAAAAUGCUCGGAGCGACUGUGUUACCGACUGUUUUAAUUAAAUACUAUCAGUCUCAUCAUUUUGAAGUCCCUAAGCUGGUUGGAAUAAACUUGUUAGAACUGAUAGAAUUAAUGACUGCCUUGGCUAAAGGGACUAGGAAUGAUGAUCCUAAUGAACAUUAUUCUUCUUCACUUUAUGAAGACACUUCACAUGAUUUGAAGCAAUUCUAUGAUUCUUUUCCUGUCCUAAGAGAAGAUGAAACUGCUGGUCACUUGUAUGGCUACACAACAGCCGGGCCACUUCCUCUGCUAACUUCAGACAAUGUUACCUCAUUCACUGAAUCAACUAAUCCAGCAGUAAUAGGAUUCUUCCUUCCUUAUUGCCUCCAAUGCAGACCAAUGCUGCUACACUUGAUAGAUUUUUAUGAAGAAAAGGAAGAAAAUGUCCAGGUGGGAGUUGUAAAUUGCGCCGCUUAUACGGACGUAUGUUCAUUCUUUGACAUUUCUAUUUAUCCUACGGUCAAGAUAAGAAAAGAAGGAGAAAAUAAUUGGCGGACAUUUGAAGGAAUUUUUACUACGAAAAGUCUAACAGCUGCACUCAACGGAACUACAGGCGCUACAGCAAAGAGAGAGUUAGAUGUGGCUAGUCUGUUACAAGUAGACAUGUCUUCUUCCAUUUCGAUAUAUUUCACGUCAAGUUAUAAACUCACUGGUUUUGAAGAGAGGAUUAUAAAUGAGAUUAAAAGACAAAAGAUUUACUGGAUCAACAUUAAUAAAAGACCUAAUUUACUAGAAAAGUUAGCAGGUGCAAAUUUCUACCCGUGUAUUUUACACAUUGAUUAUAACCAGAAAAUUGUUUACCACCUAAGCAUUGAGACAGCAACCAAACUCAGUGACAUUGAUAACUUUCUGCUUAACAUAGAGAAAGGGAAACAACCAAUAUACAAAACUCUUGGAACUGUGGCGUGGUUGCCAUCAAAGCCACGCAUACAUUUCCCUAGUCAAGCCUUUAAAGAGAUGAGGAAAGUUAAAGAGACACGGAAAUCAAGAGACGAAUAUGAACAGCCUCCUCCUCCUCCACCUGCUACUUCUGAUCCGCAUGAAGACAAACAUCAUAUGCCAUCUCAUAAUGAACUUUGAUUAUAAAGAGAGAGAGGGAAAGAGAGAGAAUAUAAGAUAGACAGGUGUGUCUUUAACAUUUCUAUAUAAUUUUCAGCCCUGUUGCACACGGCAAAUUGAUUUUUCGUACAAA